AAAAAAACGCCCGUCUGUUAUCGAUAACGGACACGUCUGUUGAUAAUUAUUUGAAAUAUUUCAAGAAACGUUAUGCAUUUUGGUGCACGCCAGAAGGGGGGACGAACAUGCAGGCCGCCGACUUAGAAAUCCAGUGAACGUCCUGUUUGCCUGUUUCCUCCUCUUAUCUGUCCCCAGUCAGUGAGAUGUCUCUGGCUCAGAGGGUUCUGUUGACCUGGGUCUUCACCCUGGUCUUCCUCAUCAUGCUCGUACUCAAACUGGAUGGCAAGGUGCAGUGGAACUGGUUCCUCAUCUUCCUCCCUGUCUGGGUCUUUGAUGGCAUCCUCAUCCUCAUGCUUGCCAUCAAGAUGGCAGGCCGCUGCAAGCCUGGCUACGACCCACGCAACGGCUCCCCGGACCUGCGCCUGCGUGCCUGGUACCUGACCGCCAUGCUGCUCAAGCUGGGCUUCUGCCUGACGCUGUGCGCCAAGCUGGAGAAGCUGGCGGACGUGAAGCUGACGUUUGUGUGCAUACCACUGUGGACCAUGUUGCUUGGGGCGCUGGUGGAGCUGGGGCUGAAUAUCUUCCCUGAGAGGAGAGAGGCCUAGACGGCUCAGACCAAAUUGCUGAGGAAAGAUUUGUGCUCGUAUGACCGUGACUUUGUGAAAUUGGACCUUUUUUGUGUGUGUUUUGGCCUGAUCACGGUUCUCAAGGCUGAAGGAGUAAUCCAAUCAUCACCUCGGACAUCAGUAUUCAUUUUAAGAAUAAGAGACUUUGUGUGAAAAUAAAAAAUCGCCGUGGUCAGACCUCAGUGUGCUGUAAGGGCUUCAACAGGGCUUCAAGAGCUGCUGUUAAAUCCAUCAAAAUCCAUUCAUUUAAGGUGAUCCGUAAAACUCAAAGAUGGCUCUAUUUUCUUUACAAAAAAGUGCUAUAAGGGGAUCAACUGUACUGUAUAAGACUACUGUGAAGCCUGCACUGGAAGAAACAUUAACAUCCCCUAAUGUUUGCUUUUGUUUUGAACUCAAGAUGCUCAGUAUUGUAUUCUGUUUAUUUUCAAUGUAUGAAAAAACUAGCACAGCUGCUUUUCUAAAGAACUAGAGGAACUGAGCUGUGUUCAAUGACUCCACUUCCUUUAUUUAAGCUGCGUAGCAUCAACUGACUUUCUUGGUACCAGAAUCACAGAGUGUAAAUUUUCUUACAUAUGCUCUAAAUGUUGUGUGGCACUUUUUCUUUUCAUUCCUGAGCUGUGGAGAGCAGCCGGCCAAAUAUUAUUUCGCAAGUUAUAAAUUAACCUUCAGAGGUGUUCAUGACAACAGCUCGGUUUUGCCUGCAUGCAAGCAUACAAGGAGUGACUUGAGACUUAAAUAAUUUGGAUAAUCGAAGACAUUGUUCGGGACAAAAAAAAGCAUCUUGGAACAUCUUGUGAUGUUCAUUUUUUCCCACAGGCUACCUCCUCUGCGCAGGUUUCUUUUGCACCACGUAAAUCAUCAUGUGCUCCUUGAAGAUCUGUAAGCUGUCAUUAGGUACAAAGGUCCAACAGGUAUAUCAUACUUGGUGACCAAAAUGGUUAACAGUCAGAGAAAUAUUGAAAAUCUAAAUUAUUUUUUUCCGGUUAUAAACGUGAGACAGAGCUCGUCAGAAUGCUCUCUACCGGCAGUUUCUAGCUGCAUCAUUGUUCCAUAUUCCAGCUUCAUGGUACAGCGACACUGUGCAUGAGUAACGUUCGUGUUGUGCCAUUAGUGUUUCGAAUACAUUCAUUGCAUUAUUUUGCACUAUGUAGAAUGAGAAGGAAAAGGUGUU